ACUCAAUCAGUGACUCGACUUAUCGAUAAAGCUCUCCCAGUUCCCACGUCUGGACCCUUAACUUUUUUAACAUUCUCAAUCUCUCUACGCCUACAUCUUCUGUGAACAGAAGAUAAUAAUGAUUACUCGAAUACAAGCUUCAUCCCAACAUUAACUAACGGAGAUUGAGUCCACCGACCAAUAACGUCACCACCCCGAAGAGGCGGAACAUAGUCAACACAUUUACCCUUAUCAACACCCCACCUGCCUACGAUGGCGCCCAAAUUGAACCACGAGGAGCGAAGGCGAGGCGAGGUCGCGCUCAGUGAAUUCGCCGAGUAUGCCGAAAAGCAACAGGCUCACCGCUCUGUCCGGAUAUUCCACAGCGAGCGUGUCGCACGAUCUCGAAGACCACGCGGAACUCGAUAUCCUCGAUCAGCUCGAGCUGUCCGAUGCCCCCGCACGGCGAAACUAAAGGAGCUACUCCUGGGAACAGGCGAUGCUAUCGAAGACAACCUGCAGGUGCUAGCUGGCACAAUACAAUCUCGAAUCGAUGAAGGCCAUGGAGAGACCAUCUUCGACCUCGGCCUGGAGGAUGGAGGUGACUCGAUGGGCUUCGACCUAGCCCAAUGGCAGACGGCGCUGCAGCGCCUGCGCGAGGCGGCCGAGACUAUCCCCGCUCACUGUCGGGUAUUACUUACCCACAAUGUCGGCGGCCCGGAGGAGUCGCCCGUGAAUACAUCCCGAAUACAAGGUGCCUGGGGUAAGGUUCUAGUGCGCCACCAUCCCGAUACCAUUGAGGAGAUGGCGGAGCUCCGGGUCGCCGUGGUGGGGAAUGUAGAUGCGGGGAAGAGUACGAUGCUAGGAGUCCUGGUGAAGGGUGGCCUUGAUGAUGGCCGCGGUCGUGCGCGAGUGAACCUUUUCCGUCAUAAGCAUGAAAUUGAGAGUGGCCGGACCAGCUCUGUGGGCAUGGAGAUCAUGGGCUUCGACAGCCAUGGAGACAUUGUCAGUAACUCGCAAGGCCGAAAGCUCUCUUGGGAGGAUAUCGGGAAGCGAUCUGCCAAAGUCAUCUCCUUCUCUGACCUGGCAGGCCACGAACGGUACCUUCGAACGACCGUCUUCGGCAUGCUGAGCAGCAGCCCCAACUACUGUCUGCUCAUGGUCGCAGCCAAUAAUGGUCUGAUCGGAAUGAGCAAAGAGCAUCUAGGUAUCGCAUUGGCUUUGAAUGUACCUGUCAUGGUUAUUGUCACCAAAAUCGACAUUUGCCCGCCCCAUAUUCUGCAGGAAACCUUGUCCCAGCUGGAAAAGAUUCUCAAAUCCCCUGGCGCGCACAAAAUCCCCAUUUUCGUGAAGAACAUGGAGGAGAGCAUCAACACGGCCACUCAAUUCGUCAGCCAGCGCAUUUGUCCCAUCUUCCAGGUUUCCAAUGUCACCGGAGAGAACCUUGACCUAGUCCGAACUUUCCUGAAUAUCCUGCCUCACCGCGGUCAGUAUGACUCUGAGGGGGCCUUCGAGUUCGUCAUCAACGACAUCUUCUCUGUGCCCUACGCUGGUACAGUAGUCUCAGGCGUUGUCAAGUCUGGUGUCAUCCAUGUCGGCGAUACCGUCAUUGUGGGACCUGACUCUCUUGGCCAGUUCACCACUACCACUAUCAAGUCCAUUGAGCGCAAGCGUAUCCAGGUGAAUGCUUGUUUCGCCGGUCAGUCCGGGUCUUUCGCCCUGAAGCGUGUCCGCCGAAAGGAAGUGCGCAAGGGCAUGGUGGUGCUGAAGAAGCUGGAGAAUCCCCCGAAGGUCUACCGCGAAUUCGUUGCAGAGGUUCUGAUUCUUUCCCACGCAACCACUAUCAAACCAAAGUACCAGGCCAUGCUGCACGUCGGAGCAGUCAGCCAAACCUGUUCGGUCAUCGACAUUGACCGCCCUUUCAUUCGGACAGGCGAUCGCGCCAGGGUUGCCUUCCGAUUCAUCCAACGGCCGGAAUUCUUGGUCCCCGGAGAUCGUGUCCUCUUCCGCGAGGGUAAGACUAAGGGCCUAGGAAUCGUUAAGAGCAUUGGAUAUGACCCAGCGCAUCCAUUAAAUCCCAAUGCUGCCAAGAAGGGGGAGCUACCACUCCUAUCCCCCAGACUCCCACGAUACCCUCAUGAUUUACAUUUUCUUAGGGAGCUCUUUGUUUUAUUCUGCUUUGCUUUAUCACUCGAUAUUUUUAUUCCGUGUCUUGCAUUAGAUGGGACGGGAUGUCUUUCCUUCCAUUGUUUAUUA